CCCUUGUGGUCUCUUCCAACUCUAUGAUCCUAUAGUCCCUGAGAGAAAUGCAUGCUUGUGGAAAAGCACAAGCUUUUGUCCAGGCAGAUCAUGUCCAGGCUGUGAUCUGAACAGUGAAUAGAUAUGUGGCCAUUGUUUGCUCUAUCCUUGAUUUGGAGAGAUACUUUCGACCUAGGAGUACAUGGCAGAUUUCUAGAGGAGGACUGGUAUUAUCUGUUAUAUUAGGAAACCCAAUCAACCAUUGUGAGAACAAAAUGCUGAACUAGAUAGGGUUUGGGCACAAUCCAGCAGCAUGCUUCUUCUGUUUUUAAUGACAACUAUUAAAAUCAGAAUUUUUCAAUGGAUUAUUUCCUGAAAUUCCACUGGAUAUUGGUGGAUAUUGGUCUGUUUGUUCCCCAAUUGAUGAAACCUAUCACUUGAGAAGAGCCCCUUGGUUCUUUCCCCCUGAAAGGUGUUUAACGAACUGACAGUGAGAAUUAAAGAGUAAACUGUCAGCUUGAGAAUUAUAACCAUCUGAUCCCUUUGUUAGCCUCACAGUGUGCUUAAGGGGAUUUUCAUCUUUCCAAAACAUCAGGAACAGUAAUUCUGGGGCACUGGAGUAGUCAUGUGACAGAAGCACACAGUUUCUAAAAAAUCAGUAUUAGUCAACAUAGAACCAAAGCCAUUUUGACAUUCUGCUGCAUCCCGGCGCAUGAUUUCAGGAACAAUUCACUUUUUGCUUCCACGAAUGCACCAAAUGCCUUAAGGGCUAACAACAGCUUAGCAGGUUAAAUGUUGAAAUAGGUUUAUGAGAUCAGUGAGCUACAGUAAUUACGUUUUCUGCAGCCUGCCUAAGAGAUGGUGCAGGAGACGGGCCUGUGAUGUCAGAGUGGGGAGGGCUUAAAGUCCGGGGAUGAAGGCUAAUCGAGAUAAGUUGAGUUUGUAUUUAAAGCAAAGUCACCAUUAGUUAAGAGAUUUUUUGACAGGCUAAUCGUGAUGUGUCUUAAACGCUGGCAAGCAAAUGACAGCACCAUCCUGAAGCAAAGAUUUGCAGUGGAAACACAAAACCUGGGAUAUUCAAGCAAUCUUCCCCGGUGUCCAAAUUAAAGUCUUGGCAACUGUGCUGGUAUCAAUUGGAUCAAUAAGUGGUUGCAACAUCAGCUGUUUCCCUCCAUAGCAUGACUCCUCGGGAUCAUAUGAGAAAGAUGUCAAUCCUUGGAGAACAGGGAACCUUAGAAGAUAAGCAUUUAUACCGAUUGGCCAGCGGCAUGGCAGCAGGAGAAUUGCGACAGCGGCAAGAAAUGAUCAUGAGAAACCAGAUGAUGGCAGUAAACCCACAACUGAUGGGAGGAGGCCAGCAGAGAAUCCAGGCGAUUCCCUCACAGUUUGAACCUCGGUUCAUGGAAAGAGACUUGUUACCUUCAGCUGAGAUGCUGACCCCUGGUGACCCCAGGCAGAUCCAUGUAGCUUCUCACCUCAGUCCCGCUGUCCCACAACAUACCAACAUGCAAAACCUAUUAUCCAAUCGUGUUUAUCAAGGCCCAGGAUAUAGCUUUCUCCAACCAGAAUCUAUGGAAGCUGUAACCAGAAGGCAAGAACUGGUUCAGAAACAAAACAUUGCCAGGAUGGAGAUGGAAAUGGGUGCCAUUUUUCAACAAAAGGAAAUCGAAAAAGCGCAUCGCAAAGGGCUGUUAGGGAUAGAAGGCCCCUUUCUUUACCACAGCAUCCCAGCUAGCCCAGUUGCCUUCCGGGGGAGACACAGGAUACCUGAAGGCCACCUUCCUAAUGACUUGUAUGUUCAUCGAACAACCCUUGACGAACUUCAUGGCAAUGCCAUGCUCAUGGCCACCAACCCCUACCCGCCUGUCAGCACUCUACAAAGGGAACGAGCUCGACGUCCGGGCCGAAGAGCUGGGAAUCAUAAGGCCAAUGAUUGUACCAUCAAUGGCAUCAAGAGCCAAGUGGAAGACAAGGCCACAGACCUGGCCGCUGUGAUGGCUGAUGAAGAGAAAGAGGACAAAAAAGAGGCAGAGGUGGAGAUGCUGAGCAAACAUGAACAAAGCAAAGUCCAUACGGAGCCACCUGCUGUGGUGGCCAAAAAUUGCAAGGAGUAUGAGCAUGGCUUAAGGAAAGAUUCAGGAAGCCAUGAAAUACCCAGCGAAACCAAUGGCUGCAACAAUGGGAAUGAAAAAGAUUCUAGCAACUCUUGCUCAGCCUUUGAAGAAAAGUAUGUGUAUCCCUCUGCAUUUGCAUUCUCUGCUCUCCCAUAUGGCUUCUCUGUACCCAACAACCCACUGCUACCUUCAGCCACGUCUGGCCUGAUUCUGAAUGCAGAAGACAUUUCUUCUAUUGAAGAUAUCCGCAAAUGGACUGUUGAAGAUGUAUAUAGUUUUAUCAUCAGCCUUCCAGGGUGUUCAGACUAUGCACAGAUAUUUAAAGACCACGCCAUUGAUGGAGAAACCUUACCCUUACUCACAGAAGAACAUCUUUUGGACACAAUGGGGUUAAAACUUGGACCUGCAUUAAAGAUACGGUUGCAGGUAUCCCGGCGCUUGGGCAGUGCCUUCUACAUGAUGAACCUUCCCUUGUCCAUACCCACUCCAUCUGCUCCAAGCAAGCCUUCAGAUCCUCCCCCAGAUAUGGCAUCCCCCCUUCACUGCAACAAUACUGGUGAUGCUCUGGCCAGUCCUACCUCCCAGGACUCUGAACCUUCCAAAAUAGUUGAGCAUGGUGCAACAGAAAGCAGGGAACAUACAUCCGAUAUACCUGGAGCACAGCCAGAUUUUCGUAUGAUCAGCUAUCAGAAAAACUAAAACUAAUCACACUAAAUAACUUACCAUUUUUUUAAAAGUCUGCAAAGCAUGGACACAUGAAAUAAACUGUGCUCAGUAUUAUUUAUUGUUUUGUUAAUAGCUGAAUUACUGUACAUCUGUGCAAUGAAAAAGUACAAUUUAUUUAGUAAAUAUGAAAGCACAUAAAGAGACGCAGCAAGAUGUUAGGGCAAGUAGAUCUCUGGUAGAUCUCUGGCUGAUUUAUAAUUGUCUCCAAGCAUUCCUCAUUCAUAUGUACUUUUGAAAUCACCCCAGUAUAUGGUUCAUGGAGAUGAUGAUUUGCCUUCUCACCCACCAUUAUUUGAUUCACUCUGAUUUGUAGACCUUGGCAAUCUGAAAUAAACAAGAGCUUCUACUGGAUUGCACCACUUUUUGCAGGAGAGCUGCACACAAUUUAGUCUAUUUGCCAUCUUUAUUAAAAUUAUUCAUUUUCACAAACAGCAUUUAGUUUUAAAUCACACCAGAAUGUCCAUAUCAGUGGACCCAAAUAUGCUUCUUCAUUCCAAUUAAAAUUUCAAAGUUGAUUGUUUAUGAAUUCAUGCCAAUUAAUAUGUUAUCAAGCUAACCUGUAGAUUACUUAAUUGCAGACCAAAAACAACCCAUAAAUAGAGUAAUCAUAGACUAGAUAACAUAAUGCGACAUGCGAGGCUUGAAGAAUCCAAGGCCGGAGUUAAAAUUGCUGGAGGAACAUUAACAACAUUAGGUAUGCAGAUGAUACCACUCUGAUGGCUGAAAGUGAGGAAGAGCUGAGGAGCCUUAUCACCAAGGUGAAAGAAGAAAGUGCAAAAGCUGGGUUGCAGUUAAACCCAAGAUCAUGGCAACUACACCUAUUGAUAACUGGCAAAUAGAGGGAGAAAACGUGGAGGCAGUGACAGACUUUAUAUUUCUAGGCAUGAAGAUCACUGCAGAUGUAGACUGCAGCCAGGAAAUCAGAAGACGUUUACUUCUUUGGAGGAGAGCAAUGGCCAACCUUGACAAAAUAGUGAAGAGCAGAGAUAUCACACUGGUAACAAAGGUCUGCAUAGUCAAAGCAAUGGUAUUCCACAUAGUAACCUAUGGAUGUGAGAGCUGGACCAUAAGGAAGGUUGAGCAAAGGAAGAUAGACGCUUUUGAACUCUGGUGCUGGAGGAAAAUCCUGAGAGUGCCUUGGACCGCAAGAAGAUCCAACCAGUCCAUCCUCCAGGAGGGAAGGAUAUUAGAGGCAAAGCUGAAGCAUUUUGGCAACAUCAUGAGGAGACAGGAAAGCUUGGAAAAGUUCACAAUGCUGGGGAAAAUGGAAGGAAAAUGGAAGAGAGGCCGACCAAGGGCAAGAUGGAUGGAGGGUAUCCUUGAAGUAACUGGCUUGACCUUGAAGGAACUGGGGGCGUUGACGGCCGACAGGGAGCUCUGGCGUGGACUGGUCCAUGAGGUCACGAAGAGUCGGAGAUGACUAAACAACUGAGCAGCAACAGCAUAGAUUAGAUACCGCAUGGGCCAUCUAGUCCAAGCUCCUACCAUGUAGCAAAGGCACAAUCAAAGCACCCCUGACAAAUGGCCAUCCAGCCUCUGUUUAAAAGCCUCCAAGGAAGGCACUUUGACCGGACUCUGAGGCAGAGAGUUCCACUGUUGAAGAGUUCUUAUGGUCAGGAAGCUGUUCCUGAAGUUCAAGUGAAAUUUCCUUUCCUAGUUUUUAAAAAUACACAGAUUUUAUUAGAAAAUUACAAUGGUGGUGAACAGAGGAAGGGAAGGACAGCAUACUAAUUGAUAUGUUCAUGAACCACAUUUAGAGACGGUGUCAUAGAUUGCAAGCUGGCAUAAUAUAAUUCAAUUACAGCUGUUAGAUGGUGAAACCUUCCAGUGUGAGUUCACUGUGUAAGCUUCAAUAGUGCUAUCCAAAUUAUCUGAUAUUUAUUGCAUUUCUUUUCCCUUUUCUCUUGUAGUGGCCCCCUUUGUCUUUUUUAGCAAGAGGAUGGCCUCUUUCAUUUUCAUUCAGUUUAAAGACAAGCCCCAGAAGUGAGCUGUCAAAGAGGUUUCCAACAUGAAGACGUCAUGAUUUUGAGUAAUAGUAACUACCUCCACAUUUAACAUUUACACAAUUACGUCUGUCUGCAGUAGCAUGAUUGUUCUCUCAAAGAGGCAGCGUUUUGAUUGUUCAAAGGACAGAACUGUAAACAGGUUUUUACAUUAUUGCCGCUAUUAUAUCAAACAAUGCAUUGUUUUUAUGUCUUUUUGUCCUUGUAAAGUGAGAUCAAUCUUUUGCCCUUUCCACAUAUCCCCCUUCUCGCUCAGGGCUUGAUUUAUUAUUUGCUUUUGGUUGCAUUACUUACAGAGAAAGGAGGGCUAAAUGUUUUUUGAGGCACAUCUGGAAAGCAAUGCAUUUCAAUUUAUGUACUUACCAAUUAGUACAUUAUAGGAAAGGGGGAGAGAUGCCAGCACGUCAAAGUUACAUUCAAAGGUAUAACACAAUUAAUGAUAGCAAAGCUACUUAAUUUACCAAAAAAUUAUAUCAUUUUUAUUGUUUCUCAGCGACUUUUAGCAAGAAAGAUCAAGAAACGAAGAAUGCACUGAGUUACCCAAUGAACUAAUUCACAUUGCAAAAAGUAACAGCGUUUAAAUAUUAUAAGGAGUAACAGAAAUAAAUUGCUUCUGCAAAGUAACUUUCCAAGCUCAUGAAUUUUGAACUCUGUGGGCUUAGAGGGCCUCAGAAGGUUUUCAAAUCAGAAGACAUGAGGUUUGCUAAAGUCUUAGAUCAGCUUGUACAAUUAUUAGAUUUCCUGUGAUUAUUAAAAGCUCUAUGAAAUGCCCAGCGGGCUUCCUCUUUUAACAGAAAUUGAACCUGCCAGCAGCAUCCCUGAUAGCUGUGCUGCCAAAUGAUACCGAUUAGCUUCAUGGAAGACAUCGGGUUUUAUAUCGUUUAUUAAGUAAUAAGAAGGAUAAAAGUGAAAUUCUGCAUUUGUGAACUUGGAGCUGUCUUCCUGAAUAAUAUUUCAAGGAUUUGAAAUACGAUGUCUUAGCAAGGCCUGACAGAAUAUGCAAAUAUGGCCAGAAUCCAAUGGGGUCCUAUUGCAUGUGCUGCAAGCUAUGACCGCCCACCCCAUAUAUUCCUCACAGACUCUAAACAUCAGCUCCAACUCUCUGGACCAUGGCUUUAUCUAACCAGAUUUAUCUAACACAGAGGUUCUCAACCUAUGGGUCCCCAGAUGUUUUGGCCUUCAAAUUGUCAAAAAUCCUAACACCUGGUAAACUGGCUGGGAUUUCUGGGAGUUGUAGGCCAAACUACCUGGGGACCCACAGGUUGAGAGCCACUGAUCUAACACAAAGAAGGCAGCAUAUCAUAGGUAAGACCAACACUGAUAACUGUAUUAUGUGAACAUAUCCCAUCAUGCUCUUCAUGCAUAAAUGUCAAAUCAUGUGACAAGGAAUUGUAGUGUUCAUUUAGAAAGUUUUAAAAAACAAUUACUAUAAAUGAAAUUAGUUGAAUGAAAUUACCGUAAAUAACAGUGAUGGUGAGGCUGAUAUUUUAGGAGAGAUGUUUAAUCUGAUGACAUGUUGAUUUGACAAAAAUCAAUUCAGCCUGACUUGGAAAAGUAUGUUGUCCAAAUCCAAACCUGACAUCUGUGAACAAAUCACAUAAUAAUUAUCCCUUAAACAAAAUCACCAUGAAAUGGCUUUUCAGCUCAAUGAGCUAGUUUAAUGGACUAUGACAGCUGGGUAAUCUCCCCCUCCCUGUUGACAUCGACAUAUUUUGCACCUUGACCCAGAUCAUUUGGGAUUUUAAGAUUUUAUUUUGUAUGUGACUUUUAUGACUGUUUUUAUCGUUGUUUGAUGUUUUAUUGUUGAUUGGUCUGUUUUUACUGUUUGCUAUUGUUUUAUAUUGUUGUUCCGGGCUUGGCCCCAUGUAAGCCGUCCUGAGUCCCUUCGGGGAGAUGGGGCGGGGUAUAAGAAUAAAGUAUUAUUAUUAUUA